UACAAGAGCAGAGGACAUGGCAGGAGGCAUUUCAAAAGCAAAGCAUGUACAGAAUGUCACUUUGGCUACCAUAGCAAAGAGGAACCUGGAUCCAGCAUUACACCACGAUACAGAGGAAGAAUUGCGUAGAUCACUUCUGAGUUUGAGCACUGUCCGGCUGGACAGAGAGGGGAUCACAUGCUUGGGUAAUCUAGAAUGUGUGCAGGAGAUACACAGUUUGUAUCUACAGGAGAACCUAAUAAAGAAGAUCCAAAAUUUAGAUGUCCUUAAAAAUCUCCGAUUUUUGAGCCUCUCGGGGAACAGGAUUGAGGAAGCUGCAAAUCUAAAGUCUCUGCAUAAUGUGAAGUUUUUGGAUUUAUCGCACAAUUUAAUUCAAGAUAUAAAUACAGGAGAAUUUCCCCCAGGGUUACUUAUCUUGGACCUGACAGGGAAUACCUGCACACAGAAAAACGGCUACAGACAGGAAGUACUGAAGGGUCUGCCACUUCUUCAAGAACUUGACAAGGAGACCGUGAGAGACAGAUCUCAUCUAGAAUCUCUAAUGGAGAUCUCUAAUCAUGAAAUAGAGGAGAACAACAGCUCUGAUAGUGAUGAUUUCAGCCCAGAAGGCCUUAGCUCUGUUUCUCACGAGCUGCAGCAACGAUCUUAUCUGAGAAGAGAGAGAGCACUAAGAGAGCACCAAGACCGUCUGGAAGAGUUAAAAGACACCCAUGAGUUACUAACCCCUCUUUCAACUGAAAGAGAUUCCUACCACCCUUUGUCAACUGAGACAAGAAAUCCACAAUCUGUAACAAAAACUAAAACACCACCCACCACUAGUGAUCCAAAUCCCACUACCAAAAAUUCCCAGCCAUCAAUUUCAUCUGAAAAAACAACUGUUAGGAUGUCUCAAAUGUCAGCCAAUAAACCCUCCACUAAACCUAAAGUUACAGCCACACAGGCCUCUAGUAGAAUCUCAUCUUCAUCAGGGACCAGAUCUAAAUUAGGUGCUAACUUAUCCUUUUCUGGAGGUUUGCCCCAAAAGAUAUCUAACACUGCCCAAAAUCCAUGUAAAGCACAGGGUGUAUCUGCUUCUUCUUCAGUUGCGUGCAAUGGGAGACAGGCUGUGUCUGCUCCCUCAAAUAAAGGAAAAACUGUAAACAAUACAGUUCAAUCACAACUAACAGAGAAGACACGUACAGCUUCACAUAGACCCAGAUUGAGAAAGUGAUGUAAAUUACUCAUCUGCUGAAUAUAUUGUAAUUGUUGAUUGGUAU